AUGACCACAGACACUUCGACAUCAACUCACUCGGCGCAAGGGGCAGAUUCACUGCUGAAGAAUGCCAAGCCUCUGUUCCUAUUUGGGGCGGCUCGAUCGGGUACGACUUUCUUGUGCAGGAUAUUGAACGCGCACCCGCAGGUGCUGCUGACGAACGAGUCCGCUGUGGUUCUGCAGUUGGGUGAGUUGAUUCGGCGUAGUCAUAUCGGCGCCUCGGAGGGGAUCGUCUUCGGGAAGUCACAUAACAAAGCAUGGUCCGAUGUAUUGCGGAGUGAGAGCCGACAGCUUAUCGAUCGUUUCUACGAACGCGUGGCGUAUCAAGAUAUGGAAGAGUCGGGUGGUACGAAUAAGCUCGCUUAUUACGGAGACAAGCACCCUCACCUCUUUCUGUGUUUUGACUUGCUUGAAGAGAUUUACUCGGAUGCCACAUACAUCCAUCUUGUCCGUGAUCCAAGAGAUGCCGCGCUUUCAAUCGCGAAGAUGAGUAACUCUACUUAUCAAGAGGGACUCAAAAACUGGAAGAUUUUUGAUGAUCACAAUCGGAAGUUCGUCCAAAGAGUUCACGAGGACUCUAUUUUUAACCUGAGUUAUGAGGAACUGGUCGAGAGCCCGCACGAGGUUUCGCAGAGUGUUUUUGAAGCACUGGGUAUCAAGCAGGAUUCUGAAGUUGCUCGGUAUCUCGAUGAAUACGGAUCUGUGGAUGCUCACACGAUCCAGAAUAGAGACGGCUCUACAUCAUUGCACUCAUCAAAUAUGGCUUUGCACCCCUCAACUCAUCAGCUGGGACGAUGGAAAAAAGUACUGAGUCGAGAAGACUGUGACUUUACAGAUCAGUUGAUUCCUGAAGCGCUUGCCGAAUAUGGCUAUCCGCUUUGUUCCGAGGUGUAG